AGGAUAUCUCAGGUGUUCUCACGCAACAGCGAGUGACCAGGCAAGCACGGCUCUCCCGCAUUUGGCAUCCCCCAAUCAACAAUAGUUUUAGUCUUUGCCCCAUCCUCAACAUUCAGAUCGAUCCGACCUCAUCUAAGGUAGUCAAGCAGCUGAGCGUCCCACAUCCUUCCCUCCCCCACCCCUUUAGUCGUAUUUCAUUUCUUUGAAGUAGAUUCAGGAUACAGGUUUACUCAACCCCAAGCGGAUCGAAAUGGGUCCCAAACUCCUCUUCGUGUCCCUCGUGGUACUACUUCUUAGCGGCAAUGCCCUUGCUGGCAAGAAGGUUUCGACUACGUCCGCGAACGUCGUGCCCACGAACUCGGAGGUGCAGGCUCUGAAGCAGAAGUCGCAAGCGCUGCAGCAGCAGGCCACCCAGAGGACAGCGGAGAGAAUCGGCGCUGAGCUGGCGGCUGGCGAUGCGAAGACGGCAAGCGAUGACGCCGCGGCCGCUCUUGCCGCGGCAAACAAAGAGGUGACGAACGCGCAGACGGCCAAGAACGUCGCCAACACGAACGCGGUGAACGCGGGAAAGAAUCUGGCCAAGGCUGAGCCGGCGUACAAAACCGCAACGGCCGCCGUGGAUACCAAGGCGAAGGCGAGGGACACCGCGCAGGCCAAGUACGACGCGGAGGUGAAGAAGGCCGUGGGGCUGACGGGCUCCGCCAAGACGAAGCAGGACACCGUUGUGAAGACGAACAAGGCCAGCCUGGACAAGGCAGUUGCGGACUACAACAAGGCCGUGGCGGCCGCUGUCGCUCCCACUAACGCGUACACCCCCUUGAAGAAGGCCAAGGACGACGCCGACGCCGUGCUCAAGACCAAGUCGGACGAUCUGGAGGCUGCCCAGGGGAAGCAGGUGGAGGUGUCGCUGAAGAAGAUGGACGCCGACAAGGCCCUGGACGACGCCAACAAGAAGGUGACCGCCGCCAAGAAGGCGGAGACGGACGCGUACACGUGGGCGGCGCAGGCCAACGACGCUUAUACGUCGGCGUACAAGCAGUACACUACGGCGCAGUCGGCGUCGGGAUCCACCACCACCACCAGCAGCAGCACAACCUCCAGCACCACGUCUUCCACCAUUCUGUGGAACGACAACAAAUACCCGGGUGUCGGUGCGACCACGUGCACGCCUCCUCUGGACAUUCCUUGCACGGACAACUGCACCGACAACAGCGGGCUGCAGGGCCGCUACGUGAUUCCCAACGGCGGGCGCUGCGCCACCGGCACAACCCCCCGUUGCUAUGGUAACGCUGUGCUCCGCCGUCAGUGCUGCGCGGCGUGCACCAACUCGACUUCGUGCUCCUUCUGGCAGCACUACAUCCCCUCGUCGCUCUCCUGCUCCAACUGCGGUAUCUGCUACCUGUACAAGCCCUCGGACGCGCAGCCCACGUGCGAGACGAAGACCGUGACCACGACUCUCAACGGCACGCGCACUUACGUGAACGCCUCCACUCUCGGCCGCCCCUGCCCUUACACGCACCACGACCCGCACUUCCGCGGCGCGCACGGCACGCGGUUCGAGUUCAACGGCGCUCCCGAGAAGACGUACUGCCUGCUGACUGACUCGAGCCUGCACGUGAACAUGAAGAUGCGCGGGUACUACGACACGCGCACCAUCGGCGCGUCUCUGCUGCGCAACGGGCUGGCUGUGCGCACGUGGAUCCGCGAGCUGGGCUUCGUGUGGAGCGCUGACGGCGUGGAGCACUCCUUCCGCCUGGCGGCGCGCAACGGCAAGUCGGACAAGCGUGACAAUGGUUUCCUCUCCCUCGUCGAGUUCGACGGCCGCGUACUCCCCUCCCUCGAGCCCGGCGAGUCGUACAACCUGGAUGGCGGCCUGGCGUUUGUGUUCAAGGGGUACGAGCAGGAGGGCGGCGGGUUCUUCGACGUGGACUCGUACUCGCUGCGCAUCGGCGACAAGCUGGCCAUGGACAUCAAGCUCAGGCCCGCACACCCGCUGCUGCAAACGCCCGACGACGCGCAGGUGCACCUGAACGUCAACUUCAAGCACGUGUCGCGCUCAUCGUCUGUGCACGGCAUCAUGGGCCAGACGUACCGCGAGGGCCGCACGGAGCGCGCCAUCGACUACGCCAUGCUGUCGCGGCUUCUGCGCACUCCCUUCUCCGCCGACGGCGAUAACGGCAAGGGCUUCCUGGACGGCAAGGCCGCGGACUACGAGACGUCAGGAGUGCUUUCCACCGACUGCGGCUUCUCUGCCUUCUCCAAGGCCAUGUAAACGCGUGCUUAUUUUUUGCUGUCUAAGGUUAUGUGUAGGAGUCACGAGCUUCAGAAACGUUGGAGCUUGCUCCUUAUGUAUUUGUACUUGUAUGCAUGUCUCAAGUUUGUAAGAGCUUUAUUUCAAUUCAUUUGUGUUGCACCUGAGAUGCUUACCGGAUCAG